UCUACCUGUCAGAGUGUGAACUGCGCUAACAGGACUCCAGGAGCCACAGCAAUUCCAGAUCAGUUGCUCAGGGGUCUUCAGUGAGAUGCUGUUGUGAGGCCCAAAGCAGGAUAUUAUUAAGCAGAUUGCGGAAGUAACUCUUUUUCACAACUUUGAGUUGGGUGAAGAUGUUUGCUUCCAUGUGUUGCUUUUAUGUGCAGUGAGAGAAACGGUCUAUAUGAGCAUUUUUCAUUAAAGAGGAAGUUCAGGGAGAAGAAAUGGAGGAGCGCAACGAUGUCAGCCUCAUGAGACUUUUAUCAGAGGAGAGUGCUUGUUCCACCGUGUCCUCGGACACCUAUGAGUACUACCAGACAGAGAUAUUUGACCAGCUGCCCAGCAUCCAGGCUACCCGGCCUGAGCAGAACAGGUCGGAGGAGCAGCUCGAGCAUGGCAACCUGUCCAGGGGACCCAGAGACAAGGCGUCUACAGUGCCGCUCAGGAACCUGGCUGUGUGUAUUCAGGCGAAGAGAGAUGCCAGGGAAAGGAGGAAGAUGCAAAUCAGCAAUAUUGGUUUUUGGGAGUCCUGGAGGCGGAGCCAGACUAGCAGCAGGAAGAGGGUGUGGGCACAGAUGGGAGGAGCUAUAGCAAGCCUGUUGCCAUGGCAGCACACACUCCAUGCCAUUGAAGGCAGGUUGGGUGUAGGCGUGAAGGCCUACUUUGUUUUCCUCAGAUAUCUGAUUUUCUUGAACGUACUCUACUGUGCUCUCAUAUUGGGUUUCAUUCUGGGGCCUACAAUAUUUUACGGCAGGGGCAGCAACAGUGAACUUUUGAGGUUUGGAGGCAAUGACUCAGUUUUGGAUUUCAUCUUGGGAUCGGGUUACCUGGAUCGUUCUCCAGUGUUCUACAGCUUCUAUACGCGUGGUUCCCUGGAUUUGUUUUGCUUGAAUACACCUCUGCUGUACCUCGCUGGAAUCUUCGCCAUCCUCUUCCUCAGUGUCAUGAUGGUGGUCCGCAGAACGAUAGUUGGCUACAAGCACACAUGGAUGCUUGGAAGGCGUCACAGAAUGAAUGUGAGCUAUAAGAUCUUCUGUGGCUGGGACUUCACCAUCCAGUACCAUGCUGCAGCAAAACUCAAAGGCAGUUUCAUCAGAAACGAUAUCAAGCUAUUUCUGGAGGAGCAGAAUUUCUCCAUGCGUGAGGCUAAGAGGACACUCAAACAGUGGGCGCAUCUCUACCUGCUCAGGGUCACCCUCAACCUGCUCGUUCUGUCUCUGCUGGGUGGAGCCUUCUACCUUAUUCACUUUGCCACGGUCAAGUCACAGUCUACAGUGGCUACGAAUGACCCGCUGGUAAAACUGCUCCUGCAAUACCUCCCUCCCAUCACCAUCACCUUCAUCAACCUAUUCCUCCCUCACGUCUUCCGUAAGAUCUCGUCUUUUGAAGAUUACUCGUUCACGAUGCAGGUUAAUGCCACCCUCGUGAGGAGCAUCUUCUUGAAGCUGGCCUCCUUGGGGAUCUACUUAUAUUUUGUCAUCAUAGGACCUCCUGUCGGACCAGUGAGUUGACACGAACACACUGAGCACACAUUGAAUAAGACAUUAAGCACAAAGUAAUGCUGUCUGUCCCUGAUUCAGAAUUCACCACCAAAGUGCAGGGAGAACCAGUUUGGUAGAGAGAUGUACAAGCUUUGCAUCUUCAACUUCCUCAUCACUUUCUGCAACACCUUCUUCUUGAACUACCCCAGGAAGCUGCUACGAAAGAAGUACCCCUCAUCUUUCCUGGCCCGGUUGUUAGGGAAACAACACUUCCUGAUCCCCUUCAAUGUGCUGGAUCUAGUGUACGCUCAGACAGUGUCCUGGGUGGGAGUCUACUACUGCCCUCUGCUGCCUCUAAUAGGAACCAUAACACUGAUAGUGACACUCUACAUCAAGAAGUUCAUGGUGCUGCAUUGCUGUGAGGCAGAGCAGAGAAUGUUUCGAGCCUCCAGCUCUUCGGUUUUAUUCUACUUCAUGUUGCUGCUCGGCCUCCUCAUGGCUACAGUCACGCUGGGCUUCGACCUCUACAAUUUCACCUCCAAAGAUUCUUUUUCUUGUGGUCCAUUUGGAGAAGGAAGAACUGUGUUUAAUGUGACAGAAGAGUGUGUGCUCAGUCUCCCUUCACCGGCACAGUCCACUCUCCGCUACCUGGCUUCUGAGGCCUUUGCCAUACCGCUCAUACUAGCUGAAAUUAUAAUCUUAACCUCAUAUGUGUCACGGGGGCGAGCCAACCAGAAGGCCAUUGAGAGACUGAAAGAUAUGCUGGUUAUGAGCAGUUCAGAUAAGCGUUUCCUGGUGAAAGAGCACACCACAAUGGUCAGACGUCAAAGGAACCCCCACCAGGCCCGCUCUGCACGCAUUGAGGAGAACGUCCCCCUCAACAGACAUAAAGACCCCCCACCACGCAAUUAAAUUCAUUCCCCACAGGGCUGGGCAAUACAUCAAUAUCAUAUAGAUAUUGAAUAUCGUAAUAUCAUGAUAUGGAAUAAAUGUAGUCUUUUCCUACAGGGUGCAUUAGAUUAAACUUUUAUUUUCUGAGCUUAACAGACUGUUGUAUUAUCUGCCUAUAUCUCAUUGCGUAGAUAUUUUGUGCAAGCACCAGUAGUCAUCCCUACAAUGUUGUAUAAUAUCAAUAUUGAGGUAUUUGAUAUCGCCCAGCCCUAUACCUCCCCUUUAAGAUAAAGUCUUGCUGAAACAUUUCACUGUUUUGAACAGAAAAAGUCAAGGACUCAUACUUUUUUGGUUACAUUAUAUCAAAGCUGUACACUUUUCCUUCUCUUAGUUCAAUCUUCAUGCUUUAGGUAUUUUUCCACUUUUGGUCAUUUUGACAUCCUUUUUAUUUGUUUAAAAUGUUUGGCAAUUCAGUUUUUGUGAUGUCUAUAGUUGUCGAGUUUGAGAUGAAUGAAGAAUUUAUGUAUAUAAACAUAUUUAUGAUUGGAAAAUGUCACUUUAUUAAAUUAGCUGUCAAUGCUUUUCAAACAAAAUGCUCAUUAAACUUUUUUGGUUGUUGUA